AUUGGUUCUGAAUAGGGAUUCGGAUGUGUUAUGAGUGACAGAAGCGUUCUGCUCCUGCUCUUCUUUGCUAAUAUAUGUCGAUAAUAUUAUUUUGGCCUCCUUUCUGAAAAUGUCGACGGGCUCGUGGAUAAGGGCAGUUUUCUUGCACUCGUAGAAAAGUGUGCGGAUACUACAGAUGCAGGAUGCGGUGGUGUCCCAGCUCUGUUCUUCACCUGCUGCGUUGUGUGCGCUUACGAUCAUGGCCCAGGAGAGGAAGAAACAGAGUGCCUCAGUGCAUGAGCGAAAUCUGGGCCUACAUAAAACUCCUGGUGCAAUCACUUUACUUUAACACCCUCACUGACUCUGAUGUGGUUUUUGACUCAAUCUUUGAGCCAGUGUUUUGGACCGUGGAUUAUGUUACCCGCUGGUUUGGUGUGGUUUUUGUUUGUCUGGUGGUAAUACUGACCAGCUCCAUUGUGGUGAUAGCUUAUGUCGUCCUCCUGCCACUGGUCCUCAACACUUACUCGCCUGCAUGGAUUGCUUGGCAUGUUUGCUAUGGCCAUUGGAAUCUUGUCAUGAUUGCUUUCCAUUACUACAAGGCGGCCAAAACCUCUCCCGGUUUCCCCCCUACAGUAAAAAAUGACACGCCUUUUGUGUCUGUGUGCAAAAAAUGCAUUGUACCCAAACCAGCUAGAACACACCACUGUGGUAUCUGUAACAGGUGCAUUCUGAAAAUGGACCAUCAUUGUCCCUGGUUGAAUAACUGCGUGGGACACUUUAACCACCGAUAUUUCUUCUCCUUCUGUCUCUUCAUGACCUUGGGCUGUGUCUACUGUAGCAUCAGUGGUAGAAACUUGUUUCUAGAUGCAUACAACGCUCUUGAGCGCUUUAAGCAUUUGGAUAUGGAAAAACCAGGGGUGCCAGUAACUGGGAUUGGACCUCUAAUAGGGCUUCUCCCUCCUGGCCAGACACAAUAUCAGACACCUGCACCCCCAUACACCUUUAAGGACAAAAUGAUUAACAAGAGCAUCAUCUACAUGUGGGUCCUCACCAGCACAGUGGGAGUGGCCCUGGGAGCACUUACUAUUUGGCACGGCGUUCUUAUAUCCAGAGGAGAGACCAGCAUAGAAAGACACACGAAUGGUAAAGAAACAAAGCGAAUGGCAAAACGGGGCAAAGUUUACAGGAACCCAUUCAGUUAUGGCAGGUUGAAUAACUGGAAAAUCUUCCUUGGUGUAGAGAAGAGAAGUCAUUGGCUGACACGUGUUUUACUUCCCUCUGGACACGCCCCACACGGUGACGGAAUGACAUGGGAUUUCCUUCCAAUUAAAAAAGACUUGGUACCUGUAUGACAGACUUUCAACCGGCACACUUGUAGCCUACUUUUUAAACAGUCUUUUUAUCCAGCCCGCUCUGGUCGUUUGAUCAGAGGUUUUUUGCAUGAUAGCUUCAUACAACAGAAGAGUUUCACCCUCCAAUACCUCAAAAAUGCACUGUGGCAUUGCUCAUGGUUUGAUGGUCUAUAUUUUUCAGCAGAGAAAAUGCAAUGUGUCUUGUAUUCUUUGUUCUUCACUGGGCUUUUCUUGGGAUUCUCCUAGAAACUGGUCUUACUUGACUCAGCAUUGUGCUAAAGAUGGGUUUGAUGUUAUUCUAAGCCAUGUGUACUGACUGACAUAUCACUGGACUGAAGUACCUGUAAAAUAAUAAUCAUAGAAAAACAUACACACUUUAUGGUUCACUGCUUGUCCUACCCAAGAUUAUGUAAAUUCAUAAAAAAAAAGAGAAAUAGAAAUGUCAGAGGUUUGUGUUCCCAUCAGCUGCCUUCACAAUCCCAUCCCUGUUUCAUUUAGUCCAUUCAUCAUUUUAAAUGUUUAACACUGAUGUACCAUGACAAUGUGUUAUUUAUCUGAAUUUUGUACUCGAUAAUAAGUUAAUAAAUCUUUAUAAAGUGCUUUAUUUAAGUAA